UUCGCACAUCGAAAAACACCCGUCGUCAAGAAACGUGCAAGUUUAUAAAAUUCAACCUGUGGAGGAAUCAACGACUUCUGCGAUGUGAACUUUGGGGUAUUAAAUCCACGAGAAGCGUGCAAAGGAAAAAGCUACUGAAUUUAACCAUUAAGAAGCACUCCAGUUGAAGUUUACAUGAAAGUGAUGUUCUAGAAGAAAAACACGGCAACGAUAGCCAUAUUCUGCUGCACCAAUUCGCCAUAUGGCUAGAGCGCAUGCCUCUUUAGUGUGUUUUUAGCCCGUUGUGGAUUAUUAUGAGGCGUCAUGGCGUGGUGUGACCGUGGGUGUCAGAUACUGUUGACCAUCGUGGGCGCUUUUGCAGCUUUCAGUCUGAUGACAAUAGCUAUUGGGACCGACUACUGGCUCUAUUCUCGGGCGUACAUAUGUAACGCCACCAAUGUCACCACCGAUGACAUGCAACCCAAGAAAACUAGAGGCGACCUGACGCAUUCCGGGCUGUGGCGGAUUUGUUGUAUAGAAGGGAUCAACAAAGGAAGCUGCCUUCGGAUCAAUCACUUCCCAGAAGAUAACAACUAUGACACAGACAGCUCGGAAUACAUCUUACGUAUAGUGCGGGCCUCCAGCCUCUUCCCCAUCCUGAGCAACAUCUUGUUGUUGCUGGGAGGACUGUGUGUCGGGGCUGGGAGGAUCUACAGCAGUAAGAACAACAUCCUGCUCAGCGCCGGCAUCCUGUUUGUGGCUGCAGGUCUAAGCAACAUCAUUGGCAUCAUCGUCUACAUCUCCAGUAAUGCCGGUGACCCCAGCGACAAGAAGGACGAGGACAAUAAGGGCAGCUAUGGAUACGGCUGGUCUUUCUACUUCGGGGCUCUGUCCUUCAUCGUGGCCGAGUCCGUCGGCGUUCUCGCUGUCACCAUCUACAUCGAGAAGAACAAGGAGACGCGGUGCCGGGCGAGGCGUGAGUUCAUCAAGACCACCUCGUCCACUUCGCCCUACUCCCGUAUCCCUAGUUACCGUUACCGGCGGCGACGCUCCCGUUCCAGUUCCCGCUCCACCGACCCGUCCCGAGAGACCUCACCCGUCGGGGUUAAGAUGGGAGGAGGAGGGGGAGCAGGCGUAGGAAGUGGAGCAAGCUUUGGGAUGCCCAUGGGUGGGAUCUCCAUGUACGCCCUCAGUAGGGACACGAUGAAAAGUGGGAUAGCUGGGUACUGUAGUCCAGAGCGUGACUCAAGCUUCCUGCAGGUCCACAACUGCUUCCAGAAAGAUCUGAAGGAGGGUGUCAACAGGAGAACGACUCCCGUAUGAGAGUUGGAAUGCAUCUCUGAACUUGGUAGGAUACAGGAGACUUCACUAAACUGUAAAAGGUAACACUUGGACAGCACAAGACCCAGGAUCAUUGUUGCAACUACAAUACACAGACUAUCUUCCAUGUUGAAAGGUCAUAGUUCAUAUGAUGGAGUGUGCUCUUUUUGUGGUAUAACAAAUUGCCGUCUGUCUUCGUUUGAAUGUGGAGGAGAAAUGGACGCUGAAGGAUUAUUUUGAAAACCUUUGGUAAAGCUACUAUAAGUCCAUUUACAAAGACUACAGAAACCCAGACCUUUAGUAGCAAUGCUUCUGUGAUACAUGAUAAAAAAAAGUAUGUGUUUUGCAUAUCCCUCAACAAAUGGUAGUCAUAUCUUGUUGUUUUGAUGUUGUCAAGUGAUAAAACUCACUGGAGGGGGUUGAUUUUGCCAUUGUAACUGGUGCUAUACACUUUCAACACACUUUGAAUAUUCUGAUUACACUCUUAGAAGAAAGGGUUCCAAAAUAGUUUUGGGCUGUAGAACCCUUUUUGCUUUUGGG